AUGCAGCUGCUCUUCGAUGCGGUGAGCCUGACGAUCGAGAACGGCGGGCCCGUCGGCGAGGAGGCCCCCGCAUCGGUGCCGUCGUCGUCGUCGUCGCCCCCCUGGCAGCAGUGCUUCCCGAACGGCGCGUCGGACUGGGUGCCCAUCACCAUGCUUCCCGCCGCCCAGUGGCGGGCCUUACUGCACGACGCGGGCUUCGAUGUGGGGGGUGGUGGGAACAGCGACAGAGGCAGUGGUGGCAGUCGAGGUGGCGUGCUGCGGGAGCGCGUGGUGGAGACGACGUACGCGGACGCGGCGGGAGCGUACGAGCGGUACGCAGCGGCGUGGGGCCCGAUGUUCCCCACGCUGCCCACCACGCCGCUCCGCAACGCCUUCUUCCGAGACGUCGCCGCCACCGCCGCACACCUCGGAAGCACCGCGCUCCGAGCGAGCGCCCGGGCAUCGGACGCAGACUCGUCUGGCACUGCCGACGGCGACGGCGGACGUGACAGAGCAGGCGCCAUCGUCGUGAGGAACCUCAUGGUCGACAUCGCCGUGCCGGCACGUCCGCUCUAG